AUAAAACCACCCCAUAUGCCAUCUCCGGUUCUCCACACCACCAUUCAGAGGAACCACACCGACACCCCAUCCACUUUAUCUCAGUUGAGAGGUUUAGAAGCGGUGAAGCACAGGUGCAGCAAGAGCUGCGAGAGGAAGGAGCGAGCAGCAAUGGCGAGGCACAGCCUCCUUGCCGUGCUCCUCGUCGGGCUGGUCGCGGCCUCUGGUUUCAGCCAGGCCGCCGCCGCUGGUCGGGGCCUCGCCGAGAAGCUCCCCGAGCCGGAGCCCAAGCCGAUGCCGUACCCGGAGCCCAAGCCGGAACCCAAGCCAGAGCCAAUGCCUAAGCCUGAACCCAUGCCAAAGCCAGAGCCUAAGCCUCUGCCUAAACCUGAACCCAUGCCAAAACCAGAGCCUAAGCCUCUGCCCAAACCUGAACCCAUGCCAAAGCCAGAGCCCAAACCGGAGCCGAAGCCGGAGCCGAUGCCAAAGCCCGAACCAAAGCCUGAGCCCAAGCCUGACCCGAUGCCCAAACCUGACAAAGCCCGAGCCCAAGCCCGAGCCAAUGCCGAAGCCAGAACCGAAGCCAGAGCCCAAGCCUGAGCCGAUGCCAAAGCCAGAGCCUAAGCCCAAACCAUUGCCUAAACCAGAGCCUAAGCCUGAACCUAUGCCUAAGCCAGAGCCCAAGCCUGAGCCCGAACCGAAGCCGGAGCCGCCUCCGAAGGGCAAGCCACCGAUGACUGACAAUUGAUGUGAUACUCACAUAUGACAGCUGAAGGAGGAGAUCGACCCCGUCCGGAGCCACGAUGUGCUAUUUCUAGAAUAAGUGGCAUAGUAUCCGGUUAGCGAGAUAGUGAUGAUGCAUCUUUUUGUAUUCCUUGUAUUCCACCAUUCCUUUUAGUUUCUGUUGUUCCAUGCACCCAUGAUGAGUACUACUAUUCUGUAAUUAUCAUUUGCGUGUUGGUAUAUGUUCAUCUGUGCACAUGACUCGGUUGUUCUUUCGUGUAGAUACACAUGCUUUUAUUCGUUUGCAUGAAAGACACAUUUUGUCCA